AUGCCAAAGGUAAAAUCGUUGCGCGCAAAAGCGGCAAAGCACCAACCAGCUGCAAAAUCGUCCAAGGUAGCAGAAAAUGAGGCAAAUGAUGAAAUUGUAGAUGAAGGACCAUCGUUUGCUCCCGGGGCUUUGAGCAAAAAGGAAAAGAGACUAAUCAAGCGAGAAGCAUUUCUUGAACGCAAAGCAGAUAUCGCCGAGUCGCAGGAGCAAUCCGUACACUCGAAAUCUGCCCAACGCCGUGCAAAAAGGCGAGAAAAGGAACGUUUGGCAGCAGACAUGUCCGAAAUGGACAGUGUUUUGCGCACAGUCAUAUUGGAUGCGACUUCCUCUCAAGACAUAGAGCCUACCAGCAGUUUUACCACAGAACCGUCGAACUCGAUUGCCAAGCGGAGAAAAGGGACCACCGAAGCGAAUGGGCAGAUUGGAGAGAGUACGCGAGCGAAACCACUCACAAAGGCGCAGAAAAAGCGAGCUUUGCACACGGAGAAGCAGAGGUUACCCCUGAUACUUUCGCACCCCGCAUUCUUAAAGGAUUCAUUCGGUACGAUCCGCACUCACACCUCCAACGUCCUUGCCAAGGCCACUUCAACCUAA